GAGGAUAGUACGAGUGCGCAUGCGCCAAAAUGUCACGGUGUUGGUAGUACUACCAGUAUGUCACAGCACAAGUUGUUAUAAACGAUCGUUUUUUUAAUGAUAGCCAUGGCUCCCUUAUCGUAACGGUUUGGCUCCGUGGAGGGAGGACGCCACGGCCAAACGAAAGCGAAACUAUGACAGCGAAUGAGGAUCAAGAGAUGGAGUUGGAGGCUCUUCGCUCGAUUUACGAAGGUGACGAGUGUUUCAAAGUGCUUAGUCCAGUUUCCUUUCAGUUGAGGAUAGGAGAUCUGGAUGACUCCAAAGCAUUCAUCCUGGACAUCACGUGGCCAGAGACAUACCCCAAGACUGGUCCUCAAAUCUCCCUGGAUGGCUUUUUUAACAACCGAAUAACUCCCGAAACCAAGCAGGUCAUCCUGUCUAAGCUGGAGGAACAAGUGGAAGCCAAUCUGGGCGACGCCAUGACGUACACCCUGUUCGAGUGGGCCAAGGAGAACCAAGAAGACUUGAUGGAGAACCACAGACCCGUGGUCACCGCCGUGAAUUUAACGCCCAGCGGUGAGGCCAUACCCAACGCCACGGCCAAAAAGAAAGAGAGGAAGGAGCAGCUCACCAAAGCGCAGAAGAGGAGGAUCAUCAAUCGGACAGAUAACAAAGGGGAACUGCCAAGAGGAUGGAAUUGGAUUGACGUCAUCAAACACCUGAGUAAAACUGGAGGCAAAGAUGACGAUUAGACCCCCAGAGCUGCCCCCUUUCAAUUUGAGCGGAAUGUCUUCUCCUUCCAGAACAGAACAGGGCCGGCCGGAAAAAGGAGGCAAUACUGUACAGCGCAAUGUGUUGCUGGUUUCAGAAAGGUUACUUGAAAGCCUCCGUUCUGAAGGUACAGUAUCGACUCACUGCCUGGAACCUUGACGCAUUCGCCUUACAAACGAAUAUUUUGCAUUGUCGUGACACUUGAUAAAUAAUUCCAUCAGAUUUAACCUCACGGUUUUCUCAUUUUUGUUUUGACCAGUUUUUCUUUUUUUUUUUUUUUUUUUA